AUGUAUUUUUGUCUAAUUUUGAAAAUAUUUUCAGGUUAUUUGUCCUCUUCUGUUCUUCCAUCUUCAAUCCUAUAAACAAACUAUUCAUGGUCCUUGGGACGAGGCUUCAUUAGACUGAAAAGAGAUAGAAUAUCAAGAGAACAUAAAAAACAAUGGAGUUUGCCGUCUUUUCCAAGUCAUUUUAAUAUGUUUUGUGAAACUCCUCAAAUUAAUUGAUCAUGUGUUUGAGCGUAAUUUAACAGACAAAGUUCUAAGAACGCGUUAGAACACAUACUUUCAAAAUUGCUACGGUGUAAUUUUAUUUUAUGAUUUGCCAUUUUUAUUUUUUCAGAAAAAUGCCGAACACAGUACCUAAUGGAGACAUUCCAUCCAUUGUAAAAUUAGCCAAAGCUAACAAAUCUCAGAAAUCCAAAGAAGAUCUACCAUUCAGCCAAAGUAACAGUAGAGCUCAGGAUGCUUUACUCUUAGAACCUUAUUCCCACCUGCUAACUGUACCAGGAAAAAAUAUUCGUGGUAAACUUAUGGCUGGCUUUAACUCAUGGUUACAGGUUCCUGAGGAAAAGUUGUCAGUAAUUGGUGAAAUAGUUCAGAUGUUACACAACGCCAGCCUUCUCUUAGAUGAUAUAGAGGAUAGCAGUAUUCUAAGACGGGGUUUACCUGUAGCUCACCUCAUUUAUGGUCAGGCAAGUACAAUCAACUGUGCCAACUACGUGAUGUUUAUUGGACUAGAAAAAUGUCAGACCCUUGGACAUCCUGAAGCCACUAAGGUAUUCACAGAACAGAUGCUUGAAUUGCACAGGGGACAAGGAAUGGAGAUAUACUGGAGGGAUAACUUUAUCUGUCCUUCAGAAGAAGAGUAUAAAAUAAUGAUCACAAGAAAGACCGGUGGACUUUUUAACCUGGCUGUAAGGUUGAUGCAGCUGUUUGCAACCUCAUCUCAUGAUUUCUCAAACUUUGUCAAACUCCUUGGUCUUUACUUCCAGAUUAGGGAUGAUUAUGAGAACCUGAAAUCUGAUGAUUAUGCUUCAAAUAAAAGCUUUGCUGAAGAUUUGACUGAAGGAAAAUUUAGCUUUCCAGUCUUGCAUGCUGUCAGCCUUGAAUGCUGUCAGGUUAAAAAGUUCUGUAUUGGUCUCAUAGAAGCAGCAGGUUCAUUUCAGUACACUAAGGGAAUCCUGUCUGAGCUUGAAUCCAGUAUUCUCAAAGAAAUCGAAGAUAUUGGUGGAAAUAAAAUACUAAGAUGUGUUAUGGAUGAACUGCAUACCUGGGAAUCUUAACUUUAACCUAAUUUAAUAUUAUUUAAUGUAUA